AAAUUAUAAUAAGGAUGAUAAGACAUACAUAUCUAAAAUUCUAAACAUCCAAUUAAUAAUUACUUUUUAUGGUAAAGUUAUUGGUUACUGCUUAGACUUAUAUAACUAUAUUGUUUUAUAAGCAUAGAACACUAGUGUUUUAUGGUAUAAGUUCAAAGACCAGUCUCUACAUAGUAUACUUCAAUCAGUUCAGCAGACAACAACACCUAGAACAUUAAUGAACAAUCAACUACUAGUUUAGUAAUUUCUAUUUUAAUAUAUCCAGUCUAUUGGACUUAUUUAAACCUUUGCUUCAGGUACUACAUAGAAUUUAAUUUAUCGCCAUGUCAAGACCUAAAGUGUUUGUUGCAAUGAGACAUGUACCAGAACUCGCAAUGGAAUUACUUCAUAAAAGAUUCGAUGUCGAAUUAUGUGAUUCCGUGCAAGCCACUCGGGCAGAAAUUUUGCAAAAAAUUCCUGGGAAAUUUGGAAUAUUUUGUAGUCCAGUAAAUAAAAUUGAUGAAGAAUUAAUUAAAACUGCAGGCCCAAGUCUAAAGGUUGUUGGAACCAUAUCUGUCGGAUAUGAUCACGUUGACUUAGCUGCAAUGAAAAAAUAUGGCGUCCGUUUGGGAUACACGCCAGAUAUUUUAACAGAAACAGUAGCAGAAACAACAGUUGGAUUGUUGAUAUCAACAACAAGACGGUUUUUUGAAGCAAACCAUGCAUUAAAAACAGGUGAAUGGAAAUAUUUAACACCUGUUUGGAUGUGCGGAAGAAGUAUUAGAAACUCUGUUGUUGGUAUUGUUGGAUGUGGCAACAUUGGGACAUCAAUUGCAAAAAAGUUGAACACAUUUGAAAUUUCUCAAUUACUGUAUACCAGUAGAACUGAAAAACCGGCUGUCAAAGCUCUCGGUGGAAAAUUGGUUACAAUCGAUGAGCUUGUAGAACAAAGUGACUUCAUAAUCCUUUCCGUUGCAUUGAAUGAGGACACAAAGUUUAUCAUUAAUGAAGAACGCCUUGCCAAAAUGAAGUCACAUGCUGUUUUGGUAAACAUUGGUCGUGGAGGACUUAUUGACCAAGAUGCACUGAUCAAAGCAUUACAAGAAAAUAGAAUUGGAGGUGCUGGCUUAGAUGUUAUGACACCAGAACCAUUACCACUUGAUAGCCCUUUGAUAAAGAUGAACAAUGUUGUGUUGUUGCCACACAUUGGAAGUGCUUCCAUUGAAACUCGGACAGAAAUGGCUAUUACCACUGCCAAAAAUAUAAUUGCUGUUUUAGACAAUACUCCAAUGCCAAACGAAGUGCAGUUUUAACCUUAUGGUUAUAUUCUAAUUAAAAGUGCAUAAAAAUAAUCUUAAUUAUGAAUGUUACAAGGUAUAAAAUUUAUUGAUUUAAAAUUGUUGAGUAUAAUAUAAUAAUUUCUUUAAUAUUUUAAA